UAUCAAUCAAAGCCCGCCUAGUCCUCGAUUUCGAAUCUUCUCCGCUCAGAAUCCUUCCUCCUUCCUCCUACCGAUGUUGAUCGUACCGAGCGUUGAACAACAGUCAAGAUGCUAGAAUACUUCUCCUACAAGAAAAUCAAAAAGCAUCAAGAGGCGAAGAAAGCCAAAUCCCCCGUGGGUACGGGUUCAGGCGAAGUCGAAGAAAUCAAAAAAGAAGCGAAACAAAAACGGAAAGAAUCAAAGGUCCAGACUCCACCACCAAUUCUCAGCGAAGAAGAUGAGGCAUUCCUCGAGCGUAUCGCUGCCCUCUCCGAUGGACCCCCACCACCCCUCCCUGCCCGUCCGACUUUUGGAGAAGAAGCAGGGGAUGCUACGAAUAAUGCGAGUCAAAUGGUAGUUCAUGAUGGAAGAGAGGAUUUGCAGAAGUCUGAGAGCAAAGAUAAAGGAAAGGGAAAGGAGAAAGAGAAGGAGGCUGCGGCAGAGGCAAAGAAGGAGAAUAAGUUUACGGGUUUUAUUGGACGGACUUUCUCGAAGAGAGUAUGUUGCCCCAAAUACUUUCGAUACAUUAAUUUAAAUGCCAUAUACUGAUUACUCGCAAUAGGGAAAACCAGACAUCAAGCCUACUUCCAACGUCCCCAAACCCGAAGCGCAUCGCGAGGAAGACGACCUAACAACCAUCCUCGACGACCUCGACCUCUCAGCUUCCAACAACCGCGCAUUUUCCCUCUCAAAAGAAUCCCAAGAGCUCGUCGCAAAAUUCACAGUCAUCCUCAAGGAUCUAAUAAAUGGUGUUCCGACCGCAUAUGAUGACCUAAUUCAUUUACUGGAUGACAGUUCAAAUACACUCUCAAAGGGGUACGAGAAGCUGCCUUCGAGUUUGCAAAAAAUGGUCACGACAUUACCGGACAAAUUGACGAAAUACAUCGCUCCGGAACUAUUAGCUGCUGCUGCAGAGGUGCAAGGAGUCACCGCCACUGGCGCCGGAGCCGCAGGUUUGAAGAGUUUCUUCACGCCGAGCACAUUGAAGGAUCUCGUUACGAAGCCUGGUGCCGUCAUGGGAGCUUUCAAAGCUAUUAUGAACGCCUUGAAAUUGCGAUUUCCAGCAUUCUUGGGCACGAACGUACUUUUAAGUUUGGGAUUAUUCAGUAUGUAUCCUCCUCUCGAUACCCAUUAUCUUGUCCCCGUUUUCUCAUACUAACUGCAACAGUCCUUAUGUUUUUCUUCUGGUACUGCCACAAGCGAGGCCGUGAAGUCCGUCUAGAGAAAGAAGCCAAACUCGACUCCGAGGGACGAAUCAUCGAGAUCGUGGACCCGGCACUUCCUGCACCACCGAAUGAUAGUCCCAGCUCACGUAGUCACCAUUCUCAUUCUCGCUCAAGCCGAAGUCGAGACUCAUCCGAAGAACGAGAUCCCGAGAAGCUAGCUCGUAGAAGAGCACGACGCGCCGAGCAUGAGCGCCAGAAAGAAGAGAAGCGUCGUGCUGAAAAGAACAGCAGUCGACCGAGUAGCUCGAGGCAUGGAAGUUCGUAUCUGAAGGCUGAGAAUGGACGGCGGUCGAGGGAUUCGAGAGAGUCGAGAGAGUCGAGGGAUGGAAGGGAUAAGAAGAGAUGAUUACGAUGAUACGAUGUGAUGAUGGACUGGAUAGGAAAUACUCAGGGUGAUGGGAUGAUGGGAUGAUAGUUUGAUGGUUUGAUACCCUUAUAAGUGUGCUGAUUUAUUUCUUUGUAGCGGAAUUUGGGCACCGGAUGUGCAGGGAAAAUGGAUAACGAUGACAUUGGUUUUUCUCUUCUCCUUUCUCUUUCUCUUUUCUUUUUAUUGAU